AUGUGUGAUUCGAAAUACUGGGCCAUUACGACUUUCGUCCUUGCAGUACUCAUGUAUUUUAACAUUAAAAAAGUUACUCUGAAUUUAAAUCUCCUUAAAAUGACAAUAACUUCGUAUUUAUUUUGAAAAGGUCCCCGGAAGUACGUGUCUAAAUCUUGUUUUGUUUUGACACUGACGCAACCCUGGCACGGAAAACUUUUUACGGUAGAAACAGCUCUUAUUGAAAUUAUUUUUUAGCUCUAUCGGAAUCUUCUUUCACAUUAAGUUACCUGUAUUUUGACGUUGAAUUAUUAGUUAAUUAAUUAUUAUUAGUUUUGGCUGCCGCUUGUGAAUUUUUCCUGUCGCAAUCUUACCCUCACAAACCAGAAACCAUUAGAUCAUGUCAAGACGUGGAAUCAGCUUUCUCCUAAAUUAAUGUUACCACUAGCCUUCCAUCCCAAACUUUAUUGUUUGUGUUAAAGCUACUGCAGGGAUCAUCAUCAUGCAUGUCGAGGCUGAUAUACAAAGUCCUGUUUGUUUGAACCUCCACCAGCUGACCACAAGGUCGCAUAGUUGCAGACUGGAAGUUUUGCCUGAUCAUUUGCAGUCUUGAAGUUUUGCUCUGAUCAUCUGCAGUCUUGAAGUUUUGCUCUGAUCAUCUGCAGUCUUGAAGUUUUGCUCUGAUCAUCUGCAGGGCAAAGCAGAUCUUGGAAGCUGACUGAAAGCCUUCGUUGUAUUUUCCCUUCAUUUUUCUAACUACCUGUGUUGUUUGACAGAUGACUUCGAUUUCUGUGCUGUUAUUGCUGCUUCUGCAGUUUGGAUUUGGGCAGAGCUUCCAGAAAAAUCCUUAUGAAGCUCAUUUCACCGGCAAGCAGCACUCCUCUGAAAAUGACAUAAACAUCCUCAUGGGAGAUCCGGUCUGUAUACUUUUUUACCCUCUAUGCCCAGUUUGUGCACAUCUGCAAUCCCUGCUCACUGCUCAGAUCUCUUGUUGUUCGGCAUCCAGGACACAGAGGAGUUAAAGAAACUCAGUCCUGCAGAGCAGAAGGAAAAGAUGAUUGAGAUCGUGAAAAGGAUUGACACCAACGGUGAUAGCCUGCUCAGUGAAGGUAAAUAUGUCUCAAACUUUUUAGACAGGUUUAUUCAAAAGAAGUGAUUAGAAGUUGUACUCAGUGUUUUGGCAUUUUGUUUUAUCAUCAGAGGAGAUUACACUUUGGAUCCAGCGUGUUUAUAGAACAUAUGCCCUGGAAGAUGCAAAAGACCGAUUCCCUGAAUAUGACACCAACAAAGAUGGUGUUGUAACAUGGGAAGAAUACAAAACAGUUGCUCAUGACCAAAUCAUAAGUUUCGACGAUGAUGAUGAUGAUGAUGAUGAUGAUGAUGAUGACCAGGAGGAUCCAGAACUAGGGUCUCUCAGACAAGUGGGUUCUAUUUUAUUGUCUUGUUAAUAGUCACUUUAAUGUCACAGCAUUUUAAGUUGUAACACAUCAAUAUAAUGUUCCCAUUAGCUCCAGCUGAAGGAGAAGAGGCGCUUUGACUUUGCUGAUUCUGACAGCUCAUCGGGGCUUAAUGUGACAGAGUUUCUUGCCUUUACCCACCCAUCUGAAGUGGAUCACAUGGCUGUAAGACAAAUCCUACUCCUGCAAAACCUGAUAAGAUAAUUCAUUUCUGACGAUAGUGUUUCAUGUGAAAAUAGACCAAUUUACCUUUUUUUUCUUGCUAGGAUUUCGCCAUUGAGGAUGUGUUAAGUGAAUAUGACACAGAUAACGAUGGACUCAUUAGUCUAAGUGAAUUCAUAGGAGAUGUUCGUGGGGAAGGUAAGACCACAGAGGUUACUUUAAAGCACAGAAUGAUGUUUUUUUUUGUCAUGCCCUACUUCUUGUAUGGCUCUAAUAUGUUUUGUUUGUUAUCAGAUGAUUCCCCUUCACAGUGGGAGAUUGAAGAAACUGAGCGUUUUAAAGACCUCUAUGAUCAAGAUAAAGACGGCAAGUUGAAUCGAGAUGAGCAACUUCGCUGGGUUGCACCUAACAGCUAUGGUGCAGCAAGAGAAGAGGUGACAAUGCAGCUGUUGCUUGAAAUUUGUCAAGAAGUGUAUUUGCAUGCUCUAAUAUGCUGUAUAUUAUUUCCCGGUAACACUUUGUUUGACGCCUAUCUCUAUAAACCAUUAUAAAUGCAUGUAUAAUGCGUUAUAACCAUUUUAUAGCACUGUAUAACUAUGGUUAUAAACACUCAUAAAUGAUCAUAAUGCUUUAUAGCAAUAAUCAUAACACAUUUUAAGGCAUUGUAUCAUGAAUUAUAAGGUCAGGUAUUAUAAUGUGUUAUAACUGUGAACAACAGUUGCAUUGCAUUAUCUAUGUGAGCAUUGUCAGUGAGUUGUUAACAGUUAUAACACAUUAUAAUACCUGACCUUGUAAGUUAUGAUAAAAUGCUUUAUAAUGUGUUAUAAUUAUUGCUAUAAAGCCUCAUGAUCAUUUAUGAGUGUUUUUAACUAUGAUUAUACAGUGCUAUAACGUGAUUAUAACGCAUUAUACAUUAUAGAGAUGGGUGUCAAAUAAAGUGUUUCCUAUUUCCCUUCAUGAUUGCUCAGCUGCAACUCUUUUUCUUUGUCUUGCCAGACUCUUCAUCUACUCAAGGAAAUGGACCAUGAUGGUGAUGGUCGGAUCUCAGAGGCUGAAGUUUUGAAAAAUCAAGAAACAUUCAUGAACAGUGAAAUAACAGACUAUGGCAGACAGCUUCAUCUAUCACAUGAUGAAUUAUAA